UGGUUCCAAGCAAAUUAUUUUUUAACUCGAUUUUCAACAAUUUAGCGGUGUACAACACAAAAAUAUCGCGUGUUUUCUUUGUGCAAAAACGCUUAGUUUCGAGAUUUAAGCCCACCCCCAGACGAACAACAUGUCUAAGCGCCGCAUCGAAGUGGGGGAGACCUAUGGCAGCAAGGCCAAGAAGGAGUCGGAGCCAUCAUCCUCGGCGGCUGCAGCUGCUUCGGCGGCCGGCACAGUGGCGCAGAUCCUUGGCGGCUUUGUGCCAAACAAACAGCCGCCCACGAUGAACCCGCUGACCAACAAGCCGUACUCGCAGCGGUACCAGAACCUGUACAAGAAGCGCAUCUCGCUGCCCGUGUUCGAGUACCAAGCGGACUUCAUGCGCCUGCUCAGCCAGCAUCAGUGUAUCGUGCUGGUGGGCGAGACGGGCUCUGGCAAAACGACACAGAUCCCGCAAUGGUGUGUGGACUUUGCAGUGUCAAAGGGCCGUAAGGGCGUGUCCUGCACACAGCCCCGCCGAGUGGCUGCCAUGUCCGUGGCACAGCGCGUCUCUGAAGAGAUGGAUGUGAACCUGGGCGAGGAGGUGGGUUACUCUAUCCGUUUUGAGGACUGCUCUUCGGCCAAAACGCUGCUGAAGUAUAUGACUGACGGUAUGCUGUUGCGCGAGGCUAUGUCCGAUCCGAUGCUGGAGCAAUACCAGGUUAUCUUGCUCGACGAAGCUCACGAGCGCACCCUGGCCACCGACAUUCUGAUGGGCGUGCUCAAGGAGGUGAUCCGCCAGCGUAAUGACCUCAAGUUGGUGGUGAUGUCCGCCACCCUGGAUGCGGGCAAGUUUCAACAGUAUUUCGACAACGCACCGCUUAUGAACGUGCCCGGUCGCACGCAUCCCGUAGAGAUAUUUUACACGCCGGAGCCCGAAAGGGAUUACCUAGAGGCUGCCAUUCGCACAGUUAUCCAGAUCCACAUGUGCGAGGAGAUCGAGGGCGACAUUCUCAUGUUUCUUACGGGUCAGGAGGAAAUUGAAGAGGCUUGCAAGCGUAUUAAGCGCGAAAUUGACAAUCUCGGAUCGGAGAUAGGCGAGCUGAAGUGCAUCCCCCUCUACUCCACACUGCCGCCGAACCUGCAGCAGCGCAUCUUCGAGGCGGCCCCUCCACCGAAUGCCAAUGGAGCUAUCGGACGCAAAGUGGUGGUGUCCACCAACAUAGCUGAGACCUCGCUGACCAUCGACGGCGUGGUGUUCGUGAUUGACCCGGGCUUUGCCAAGCAGAAGGUGUACAAUCCUCGCAUUCGCGUAGAGAGUCUGCUCGUCUCGCCCAUCUCCAAGGCCUCGGCUCAGCAACGGGCUGGUCGUGCCGGACGUACGCGGCCGGGCAAGUGCUUCCGUCUUUACACAGAAAAGGCUUUCAAGAACGAAAUGCAGGACAACACAUACCCCGAGAUUCUGCGAUCGAAUUUGGGUACUGUGGUCCUGCAACUGAAGAAGCUAGGCAUCGAUGAUCUGGUGCAUUUUGACUUUAUGGAUCCUCCGGCUCCAGAGACUCUGAUGCGAGCCCUCGAGUUACUUAACUAUCUGGCUGCCCUCGAUGAUGACGGCAAUCUGACGGACCUUGGAGCCGUUAUGUCCGAGUUCCCAUUGGAUCCGCAGUUGGCUAAAAUGCUGAUUGCCAGCUGCCAGCACAACUGCUCGAACGAGAUUCUUUCUAUAACGGCCAUGCUGUCGGUUCCACAAUGCUUCGUGCGUCCCAACGAGGCCAAGAAGGCAGCCGAUGAGGCCAAAAUGCGGUUCGCUCACAUUGACGGGGAUCACUUGACCUUGCUGAAUGUCUAUCACGCUUUCAAGCAGAGCAGCGAGGAUCCCAACUGGUGCUACGAGAACUUCAUCAACUUUCGGUCGCUGAAGAGCGCAGACAAUGUCCGCCAGCAGCUGGCCAGAAUCAUGGACAGAUUUAAGUUGCGGCGCACCAGCACUGAGUUCACCUCAAAGGACUACUAUGUGAAUAUACGCAAGGCCCUCGUCCAAGGCUUCUUCAUGCAGGUAGCCCACCUGGAGCGUACCGGCCACUACCUGACGAUCAAGGACAACCAGAAUGUGCAGCUGCAUCCGUCUACGUGUCUGGACCACAAGCCUGACUGGGUCAUCUACAACGAGUUUGUCCUGACGACCAAGAACUACAUUCGAACCGUGACGGAUGUCAAGCCUGAAUGGUUGCUCAGUUUAGCUCCGCAGUACUACGACCUGAACAACUUUCCGCAGUGCGAGGCCAAGCGCCAACUGGAGUUGUUGCAACAGCGAAUGGAAACUAAGCAAUACCAGAAAGGUUUCUAACUUUCUUGACGGGCAACGUCUCUAAGUGUAAGCGCAAUUGGGAGGGAGAAUGAAUAUAAGUUUAUGUGAAUUUU